AUGCUGAUUAGAAAGGAAGAUGGCGCCGGUGAAACGGAAAACUCAAUGACGAUCAGGAAAAUUUUCAUAGUAAACAGUAUGGGGCUAUUAACUAUUUUAAAGAAGAUGAAGCAGAAGGAGAAAGAGAUGAGAAUUCUUAUGCUGUAUCCUUUUAUGCGUUCUGUAUUAUAUCCGUUUGCAAUUUCUUACUUUUGAAAGGUGAAAUACGGUAUGCCUCAGGUGUAUCAUUUGGUUUGACGGAACAAAAUAUAGAAUUGUAACCUUGACUGCGCUUUACAGAGGACUUGAUAAUGCUGGGAAAACGACUAUUUUGAAGAAGUUCAAUGGAGAAGAUAUCAACACAAUCGAACCUACUUUAGGAUUUAAUAUCAAAACCUUAGAACACAAAGAGUAAGAAAAAAAGGCAAAGCCUGUGUUUUGUUCGUUAGGCAGUUUGUUAGCAUUCCUGCCUGUCUGUUCGUCUAGUUGUACAUGUCUGUCUCCACCCCAUUUAUGUCUGUCUACCCAUCUGUCUACCUGUUAGUCUGCUUAAUUGUGUCUCAUCUCUCUAUCAAUCUGUGUCUCCCUCUGUGUAUGUGUUUCUGUCAAUCUGUCUGAGUGUCUGUUUACCUACAUGACUGUAAUUUGUCGGUCUGCCUUCAUGCUUGUCAGUCGAUCUGUCUGGUUACUCCAUUCAUUCAUUCCUCUGUCCACUGUUCCGUCCAUCCACAUGCCCACUUACCUGUUUAUCAGAGUGAAGAUAGCUAGGUAAAGUCUGUACUUGAGUCAAGUGGCCCACCCAGCCAGAGGUUAUUCUGGUUUACUUAACAUGAAACAAUUAGGAGAAUUACUACUCCCUCCUGAAUGUGAUACCAGUGCAUGGUAAGGUUAUCCCCAGUAUUUCAUCAGGCUUCCAUGUUCAUUCAUCAUGACCCAUUUACAGUAUGCUCCUGGAUCAGUACAGAGAGGCAAUGUGAGAGUAAGGUGUCUUACACAAGAACACAACACAGUAACCCUACCAGGGUUUGACCCUUGACCCUUGACUCUUGAGUGCAGCACACUAACCAUUUUUCCAUCUUGUCUCUUGAUGUUGUCAGUGUUGUUGUGUUAUCAUUGUACAAUAACUAUAUUUAUUGUAGUUUAAAUUUUCCCCUGGCUGAAACUCAAUAAUUUUAACCCUUUCACUCCCAAGAUCUAAUUAGUAAUUCUCCUUACUAUCUGCCAUACAAUUUCUAAUGAUGGUAGUUCAGAGAAUUUGGUAUUGGAUCAACUAAUAAUCCCAUGAUUGAUAUUCUCCUCGAUUCUCAUCACCUACCUGCUUGAUAUUGUAUUGAUAUUGUAAGGAGAAAUUCUGUCUUGGUUACUUGUGGGAGUGAAAGGGUUAAUGGAAAUGAUGAUGGGGAUGGGUUCUCCAAACCAACUUCUUUUAAACAUUAGAUUAACCCUUUUACUCCCAAGAUCUGAUUGUUAAUCCUCCCCUCUAGCUUCUACACAUGUCCUUGUAAAUUAGUUAUAAGAAUUUGGUGUUAGAUCAAGACAACAACUUUUACAUGAUAAGUUUGAAUAUUCUCAUUAGCUGUUUGUUGGAUAAUGAAAGGAUUUCAUUGGGAGAAGUUUCAUGUUGACCACUCUUGGGAAUUACAGGGUUAACUGAUUUCUUAACCUUUUAACUCCCAGAGGUGAUUACAAAUGUAACUUCUCCCCAUAAUUUCCAUGCAUUAUGUAGCAAACAACCAGGUAUUGAGAAUACUCAUACUUAUCAGGUACAAGUUGUUAUCUUGAUCUAACACCAAAUUCUCAUAAUUAGUUAACAAGGAAAUGUGUAGUAGUGGGUAGAGAGAAUUAACAGUCAGAUCUUGGGAGUCAAAGGGUUUAGGGGAGGCAGGUGCAUAGUUUGGAUAGGAGGAUGUUUAAAGCAAAUUUUUAGCAUUGAUGUGAAUAAGGAGACUGGACUCAAUUACAUUGUUUUAGUAUGUGAAGAAAUAACAUGUUGAUUAUUUUAAAAAAAAGAAUCUUCUUAUCCAAAAUCUCCUGACUUGCUUUUAAAUGUACUAUAGAUUCAAGUUAAAUAUUUGGGAUGUUGGAGGACAGAAGUCUCUUCGAUCAUAUUGGAGAAACUAUUUUGAAAGCACUGACGGUUUGAUAUGGGUAGUGGAUAGUGCUGACAGAAGAAGGCUGACAGACUGCAAGGAGGAACUGAAAGGUCUCCUUCUAGAAGAGGUAACUUAAAAAACUAGACUCUUUUCCAAGGGAAAACUGAAUUUAAGAACUUGCCAUGCUUUUAAUCUUUUUACAUAUGUGUAUGAUAAACUUGGGUGUUCAUACUGAAGUUAGAUAUACUGUAAUAAUAAUGAAAUGAGACCUCAAUACAGGCAUGCAUGUAAGGCUAUGGCUGCUGUUAUGAAUCAUAUGAAGCACAAACCUGGAAAAUGUUUUUAGUAAUUUCUUGUCUGGUUGUCUGUGAUUAAAGUUCAUAGAUGCUGUUGUAUCAUUUCAUGUCAUGUUGUGUCUGCAAACUGCCUGUUGAGUGAUGUUGUUUGGGGGUUAUGUGGUGCAAAGAUGUUGUAUCAUCUCAUAGUAAGCAUACACACCCUUUGACAUUGACACAGAAAGCUACUAUUAAAGCUUUGAAAAAAGAGACUUUACCUAACUCUGAGCUUUAUCAUAGGGGAGACACAAGGUUCUCCAAGAUCUGCAUCCAAAAUACUCAACCAAAUGUGUUUUUCAUAUUUAUAAACUUUCUAAAGUCAAAAAAUGUCCCUGACAAAAAGUUUCUUUGUAUUUACCCAGAGGCUUGCAGGUGCUACGUUAUUAGUGUUUGCCAAUAAACAGGACCUACCUGGUGCCUUGUCUGCUGAAGAAAUUAGAGAUGUGAGUAUUUCUAACUUAUAGAAGUUAUUAUUUCUUUAAUGUAGUGUUAGUAAGGAUGUCGAUAUUGUUUCAACUCGUGAGUAUUGAAGACUAUAGUGUGAGUUUCUAAAAACGAUGCAUUGUAUAUAUCAAAUGGUAGAUCCAGAAAAAUUAUUCAUAGAAGAAGUAUAUUUUUAAGACCAUCUUAGUUUCAUGUUUAUAUUGUAAAAAUAACCACUGGUAGCACUGCGAGAUUCCAAAGGGAAACCUAACUAUUUGUAAACUGUCUCCGAGAGUCGAAUAUAAGCAAUCCUUGCAGCUAUAACACUACUGAACCAGUAGUUGAAAUAAGACUUAAAAAAAAAUUCAGGCCCAUAUGGGAUUUGAACCCAUGACCUCUGGGAUACUAGUGCAGAGGUCAUGGAUUCAAAUCCUGUACAGGCCUGAAUUUUUAUUCAGGUCUUAUUUCAACUACUAGUUCAGUAGUGUUCUUAGCUGUGAGGAUCGCUUGAAUUCAUUUCUUCACUGCAGUGCACAUAUAUGAUUUUCAUAUAUUUAUAGUCGUUGUCUCCAAGAGUGUUAAGAAUUUGAGUAUGGGUGCAUAUAUUUGGAAAUACAAAUUCAUAACCUACAUACAAAAACAACAGUGCAUGGUAAUGCACAAACUGAGUGUUCAUGCUAUUGAGUCGCAAAAUAAAAUCAAAUAAAAAUGUCCUGAAAAAGAAGGGAGUGAUGAUCCCUUGAUCAUCCCUUAAUCUGCCUCAGGUUUCUGAGAGGAGUCUUUGUUAUUCUUUUUUCUAUCAAAAGGCUCUUGAUUUGGAAUCCAUCAAGACACAUCACUGGAAUAUUCAAUGGUGCAGUGCAGUUACAGGAGAGAAACUACUGGAUGGCAUUGACUGGAUUAUCUCAGACAUUGCAUCAAGAAUAUUUACAAUGGACUAAUACAAUGUCCAUGGACUUGUUUUGAAGAACUUCAAGAUUGUGACAUCAAACCUGAUGUCUCAGCCUUGAAACAGACAUAAGGAUUGCAUUACAAACACCUCAUUUAUUGUGAAUGUGAUACCUGUGGACAUUGUGCUGAAGAAGUUUACUUCAAGACAAAUAUGUUAUGGUAGCUAAUAUUCAUGAAGAUGCAAAAUACAUGAAAGAUUACCUUUCGUUUUGUUUGGCACAGACACCGCUCAUCAAGAGUUCAUUAAAACUCUUGUAAUUAAUAAGAAGGCUCACACCGUAAAGGAAAACAACAACAAACUUGACCACAACUUGCAAAUGAUAAUAAAAAUAUAAGUAUCCAACUUGUUAGCAUCACUUGUUGGUUAAGUUUUU